UGUAAGUGGAUGGAGCUGAGUCAGUAGCACUUGCCACAUCCUUCUGCUACUUAAAGUCCCACAGCCCGACCCCUAGCACCACUGCCUGGCUUCCCUGGCACCAUGGCUCAGACCUCUUCCUCAGUGCAUGUGCCCUACGUGAUUCCACUGCCCAAUGGCAUUGAUCUUGGUGGUGUGGUGAAAAUUCGUGGGACUGUUCCGCAGUUUUCUGACAGGUUCAUUGUAGACUUGAUGUGUAGCAUGGGGCAGGAUCCUGACAUUGCCCUGCAUUUCAACCCCCGUUUUGAUCAGAACAAGGUGGUCUUCAACAUUCGGAAGAAUGGCUCUUGGGGUACAGAGGAGUUUGGGCAAGGUUUCCCCUUUAGACAUGGGCAGGCCUUUGAGAUAAUGAUCAUCGCUGACCAACAAGGCUUCAAGGUUGUUAUAGGGGACCAGAAGUAUCACCACUUCCGCUACCGGAUCCCUCUGUCUGAAGUGUCGAGGUUGGGCGUGAGCGGGAAUGUGAUGCUGGAGUCAGUGAACAUCUUCUGAGCCUGAGAGAUGAGAGCAGGAUGAGAGUGAGAUGGAGUCUGGCCUUGGAUGAUAAUAAAGUCUUAGUUAACAACACA